AUGGCAGGAAAGAUCGAUGUUAACAAUAAGGUCUAUAAGUUGGCCGCCAUGCCCUUUAUUUUGGAACGCAAGGGCGACUAUGAUGAAGCCAUCACCGUCUACAAGAACGCCAUAACUGUUUUGGAUGGAGCAGUUAAAAUAUACAAGAAAGGAAAUGUCCCCAAAAUCAACAGAAAAAUGUUUGAGAGACAGGUCCAAGUUCAUCGAGAACGCCUAGCCUAUCUCGAAAACCUAAAGGGCAAGGGCAGUUUCGAUGGUAUAAUAUUGCCUCCGACGAUUUUGGAUGCGAUGGAGGAGAUCGAGGACGAGGACGGAAAGACUUGGUCCUUGACCCAAAUCCGCAGAGAUCUUAAUACUUUCCGCGGAGACGAUCCCAGUCAAUCUACAAAGGAUAUCAGCGUAGCGCCAGCCCAUCUCCAACCAUUACUCAAUACCGACACCUCGCAACGACCAUUCUUCUCGCUGACCCUCUCUCCCUCGGCGCCGACGAUCACUUAUCGCAUUACACAUUCCUCGGAGCUGGUCAGCCUGGGUCUGCGCUCAUAUUGGUUUUUCGUCAAAGACGCGACCAACACACACGUCUUAUACGCCCUCCAAUUUGUCUGGAGCAACGAAGCACCCAUCGUCGAGACGGUCCUCCGGCGUGCCGGAGAAUUCUUACCUCAAAUUGGGGCGACGAGUGUGAAACUACAGAAGACAAAAGGUGGCAGUUUCCGGAUGAUAACGCGGACAAUACCCGACAUGGGCGCAAUAACCGAGAUUCCGGAUGGAGAGAUGCAGCGAAAGGAUUGGUCCCCGCGACGAUUUGAAUACGGAGGGCGCAAUUUCGUGUGGAAGAGUGCAGCAGCAGAAGGGAAGAAGGAAGGUGGGAUGUUUGGGAGCUUUGGCUUCGCUUGGGAGACUUUGUAUGAGACGAAGCGUGUAUGGGCUAAAAGUGGAAGUAGGACUGGGAAGAUGGAAGAUGAAAUUGUUGGUCCCAGGCUGUGCUGGGGAGAGAAGAAGGGGGCAAACGGUGCGGAGCAAAGCAUUCACAUGAUCGGUGGUUUGGAUUUGUAUUUCAGAGAGCAUUUGCUCGCGGUCCAGUUGUCGAGGUUAGCUCGUGUCAGCUAUCCCCCACAGAAGGAUACCAAGGGGAUCGAAGCAGCAUCAGCUGGCGUGGGUUGGCUCUCGAUUAUUUCGGAUUUGGCAUGA